AUGGAGAGCACCCUCAACGCCAACUUCCACGUCGUGAUGGCCAAGGAGCUUGACGAUGAGGAUGAGUACGACGAUGCCUAUAUGGCGGCGGAGAGAACGACUGAGAGCGAGAGCGAGGACGGUGACGAGGGUGUCGACGAGCCAGCAGCGCUGGGAGAUGAGUACGAAGCUUUCGAUCCGGAGGCGGCGCGCUACAAAAUCGUCCUGGAGGAUGACGACACCAAUGACCCUCUCACACUACCUUAUUUUAUAGAAGUGGUUGCAGUGUUCCCCCAGCUCGAUGUGAGGAUCCCCAUCACCAUGUGCCCCAUUUCAAAUACCACUACCCUGACCUCUCGGAGAGCCCCCGUCAACUGUGGCAACGCUGGCUGGAGGGAGAGGAAGGCGGGCCGACCAUCUUGA